AUGAGCAAGAAAAUGUGGCAAAAGAUCUUCAAGUCCAAGUCGCAGAAGCCGCAGCCCUUGGCCAAAAUCAACAAGCGGCAUAGUCGCAUUGCUUACGAGGAGUACCAGCAAUUAAACGAUCUGCUGGCCGGUGAAAAGGGGCAGCUCAGUAGUUUCAGCAACGAAAAGGAAAAUGAGCAUGAAAAUGGAAAUGGCAGUGGCGUUGGCGCUGGCUGUGGAAGUGGCAGCAUUAACGUUUUCGAGCAGCAGCCGCUGCAAGGUUCUUUCAACUCGUUGCAGUUUAGUGAGGCGCAGCAACAGCAGCAGCCACAAAAAUCGCAACAGCAACAGCUGUCAACGUUUUCGCGCGUUCGCAACACAUUUUCCAUGAAACGCAACAGCAGCAGCAGCAAAAAGCAGGGAAAUGCCAAGCCAAGUGAGUCGGAUGCAGCAUAUGCAGCAACAGCAGCAGCAACAGUUGCAACAGCACAAGCAGCAACAUCAGCAACAUUAACUAAUAAUGCGCCAGGCAAUCAACUGCAACGCGUCUUAAUUGUUGUCAAUAAGAUCGAUGUGGCCACUAACUGCCCGACUAACCAUUUGCAUGCCAAUCCUACAGCAACUGCGCCUCCAAAUGCAGCAUUUAAAUCAACAACAAGCAGCACCACGGAUCCCGAGGCGGAAGACUCCAGGCGGGGCGGGGGCGACGAGGGUGAGACGCCCGCCCCGCCGCCACUGACCUCCGGUUCCUCCCUUCCGGUGCCGGAGUACGUGCCCGAGCAGGCCACCCAGCUGACGCCCUGUCCCUGCUGCAGUCGCACCUUCGGCGUGAACGCCCUCCGCAAGCACGUCGUCAUCUGCGAGAAGGCCUCCAAGAAGCGCAAGGUCUUCGACUCGUCGCGCCAACGCCGCGAUGGAACCGCUCUCUCCACGUACGUGCUGCCCAAGAACUUUGGCCUGCCCAAUGCGGAACGCACGGCGGGAGUACCAUCUCCUCCGACCACCAGUCGCGAGGCCACGUCCGUAAAUGCUGCUCCAGAGCCAGUAAACUCGCCACAGCCAGUGCGUCGAAAGUCGCAAACGGAGAUGGUGCGCUCCACUGCCCGAGCCUCCAUGCGCAAGGCAGCAUCCACACUUUCAUCCAACUCGGCACCGGAGGCUCCAGCUGUGGCACCUGCUGCUCCCGCUGCUGCAGCUGCUCCGGCAGCUCCACUCGUCCGUGAACGAUCGCUGGCCAAGCGGAUCAAGGGACCUGCCUGCGAUCGUUGUCCCCACUGCGAACGUAGCUUUAAUCCGAAGGCCUUUGAUCGCCACGUGGAGUGGUGUAAGGAGAAGGCCAUCCAGGCCACCAUGAAGUCCACCAACACCCAGGAGACCAGCAAGGCCAAGGAGCGCCUGGAGGCCAGGAAGCAGUACAGGCCGCCCAAUCUGAAGACCAAGAGAUCCCUGGCCAGAGAUAAGUACUCCGGUAACCACGAGGAUCUUCUGGAUGCUGGUGAGAUCACGGUACCUAAGCCAAACCUGAUGUCCCUUUCGAUGACGUCGUCCGUGCACAGUGAUAACCCGCAAGCCCAAGUCACCAGAUCAAGAGCUUCGGAGAAAGCCGGAGGUCGUGCCAAACCAAACUCCACGGUGACCCACAACCAAGUGAACCUGUACAUGGCCAACCAUGAGGAUCCACCAUCCUCGCCGCCGCCCAGGGAACGCGUUGAACUGCGUCGUUCCAAGCGCACCCAGCGGGAAUCAUGCACCGAAAUUGACGAAGCCAUGGAGCGACUCAGGCGGAACGCCAGUGGAGAUGCUCUCCAGUUGGCCAAGCUCGAUUGCGUGGAGGCGCCAGUUCUCCAACCACCUAGACGCCGCAAGAGUGGGCCCAAAACGGAUAAAGUAGAUGCGGUUGAAAAGCAGAUCUGCCUUCCCCAAGUCAGCAUGACAUUCGACGAGCUCAAUGGGUUAAUCAAGCGCAAAGGCGGCACGCCCAUUUGCAAUGUGGAUAUGGAUGAGCGGGGAAUCGGUAGUCUGGUCCCCAAGCAUCCCUCCACCACAUCCCUAGUGCGCCAGGCACGUCGUCGGAUUCGCACCAAGGAGAACCCCGACCUGGAGCUGCGUGCCCUGCAAUCGUCGUGCUCAGUAAUUACCAAAGACGUACAGUAUGCUUCGCUGAACUCCAGCCUAGUGCCCAUGCAGCGAAAGCAGCCCAAAGUGUACUCCGGAUCCGAGGAGGAUUCGCCAAGGCCAGAAAUCCAGAUCAAGCUGGAAGCCGCAGCCAUGCGCACAGUAUGCCGAUCCACAAAGAGAUCGGGUCGCUCUUCCCAGGUGAUGGCUAACGCGGAGCCAAUGCGAGCCUUGCCAAUGUCCGAUCUAAAGGAAAACUUUGAGACCAUUAACCAAUCCAUGGGGCAAACAGUAGUCCCGAGAUUACAGCUGGGAAAUGAGCGACAGGACUACGAACCGGAGGAGGACGAAGUGGAUAACUAUACCAGUGAUCAAGAGGAAGAUCCUGAAGAUGAUGACUUUAUGGCUCGGGCGGUCAAGCUGAUAGAGAGGGUGCGGUCCAGCUCCAGUCCCGUGCCCAAUCCUGACCUAGUGGACACCCACAGUGAAUAUGAUGAGGAGCAGCCCGAGGCGGAGCCGGAAUUCAAGCUGCCGCCUCUGACCAACCAAAAUGGCAACGUCAGUCGCCGUUUGCUCCUGGAGGAUGACGAAAAUGGUACUAUGUAUUUCAAGUCGGCACCUAGUGCCAAGCGUCGUUCAAAUAGCGGCCUGGGGAACAAAUACGAUCCCUUCCUCUCGGCCAAGCGGCAGCUGGAGGAGCUUUGCUCACCCAGCACGCCGCCGCCAGAGGAGGAGGUGACCACCACCAAAGCUACCAGAACAUUGACACCCAUAGCAACCAGCACACCUACAGCCACACCCAGUAUCGCGAUGACCACUUCAUUGACCACGGCAGCCGGCAAACCCGCACAGGUUAACCAAAAGACCACUCCGGCCUCCAAUUUCCGACGUACUUCAUCGCUGAGAGGACCGCGUCGUACGCCCAUGCUAAACAGCCGACCACUGUUUGCCACCAACUAUCGCCCCACCAUUCAGAGGGGUCUCUCCGAUGAGGGUCCCAUCUCCACCAACUUCCUAAAGCCCGAGGAGUUCGACGAGAUGCCGGUGAGAGCAGCAUGCGGCAAUGACUUCCACAGCCCAAGAGUCGUGCGCCGGGACACCAGCGCCUCCAACCGAAAGCAACUGCUUAAAUUGCCAGUGGGUGGAGCCAGUGAAGCCAGCAACACACCUUCCUCUCCUCAGGCCGCACGCACUGUGGCCAAAACCGACUCCCUGGCUGUGUUCCUCAAGUACGAGCACGAGCUGGAGCAGCUGAAUGCCAAGGCGGCUGAGAUGGCGGCCGCCAGCCAGUUGAUCAGCAAGGAGCAAAAAGACAAGAGCAACACUCUGAGCAAACAGAACUCUGCGAAGAGCUUGGGACACAGCACUCCCACCCAGUUGCCACCAUUAACUCCAGCAACCGUGCCAGUUUCGCCCGGUUUGGUUAAAGAGGUCAACUAUCCACCGGUGGCCACUCCCCUUCGAUUGGAGCCCAUCAGCAAGGCGGCGAAGAGCUCUCCAGCUCCGCUGACGCCCAUCAAGCUGGAAAGCAUCUUUGGACCCAGGAGAGAAACGGGUCUGGGGUCGUCGGGAUCGGGCUCUGUGGCAAGCGACUACAUAGAUCCCAAGCUGAUAAACGCCUUUGAUAAUCUGCAUGUAAACAGUGGGAUAUCCUCGGAUGCCAGCUCCACGCCCCAGCAGUUGUCCCAGGCGCGGAGCCGGAGUAGCUCCCAAUCCACCAUCACCCACGAACGAAGGCAAUCCGGCGAGGCCAGGAACCUGCUGAAGCGGAAGAUGCGAUUGGGACGCAACCAGUUUCUGUACGAUGCCUCGCCAGAGGAUGCGGAUGCUUCAUCGGGCUGUUCGGCAGACGAUGAGGCCAACCGCUCGUCCAUGGAGUACGACGAGCAGUGCUGGCAGCAACAGCAGAAACAGCUACUGGCGAAUCCGUUGCCGCUGGUCAUGCCCAUGGAGCACAACGCCAUGCCCACCUUCGAUGAUUUUGACUUUGAGGAGUUCCUCUCCUCAUUCGAGAACGAGAAUGACGACGAGCAAUUCCCGCUGUUCAAGGACUGUCGCGAGUUCCUCAUGAAUCGCUCGACGAGCAGACAACGCUCGUUCCAGAAAGCGACUUCGACGCAACAGACGACAGCCACACAGAUCACACCACUCAGUCUCCACCAGUCCAAGAUUAAAGACAAUCACGCCCACAGGUCUGAUACAAAAAUGCCCGAGGACAAACUGCAACGGCAGCAGUCGAAUGCCUCAAGUGCCAGCAGCCAGGAGGAGAAGAGCCGCCUGGAGAUGGAGAAACGGUCAGUCGACGAGGAUCAAAAGAAGCGAGAGAUUUUCAUCAGCAUUGAGACGGAGGCCAAUGCCCAGGGACGCUCACCCAUUUCACCGGACUCACUGCGCCACAUGGUGGGCAAUGCCCAUACGCCCAUCGAAGUCCUGCACAUUGAAAACGGAAACGAGCCGGAGCACGCCAGGUUUAGCAAGAUCAGCGACACGGAGGACGCCAGUGAUGAGCCCAGGGAUCGGGCCAGCCAAUCCACCAACCGGCUGUCCCCAUCCUCGAGCGGCUCCGCACUGGCGCCCAACGUGCAGCUGAACAAUGCCAAGAAUCUGAUCCAGAAGAUGCAUAGCGAUUUCCGGCAAAUGGGCGAGGAGGCGAGUGCCUCCAUGCGGCGCCAGCUUAUCGGAAGCAGCGCCGGACGAGGCGAGGAACAGCAGCGCUCCAGCAGUGUGCUCCCUGCUUCGAAUCCACCGCACCAGGUUGCGGCCAACUCGCCAAUGACUCCAUCACAGUCGGCGGACUCAGAUGAGCUAAGCAGCCUCGAUGGCUAUCCCAUGUCCUCGUCGCAGGGUUCACGUCGCGGAGCCAGCUCCAAGCUGAGCUCGGAUUCAGCAUACGGCAGCAGCAACUCACCUUAUAGCUUGUCGCGACAACGCUCCUCUGAACUCCAAAGCGGAACACCGCGUUCCCAGGGACUGAUGCGUCCACAUACGGCCAGUGCCAAGCUGCCCAGCUGCAUGAUCGAUGCCUCCACACAGGCACACACUGAAUAUGGAACCCUGAAGGCUCGCCAGCGUCUCUUUGCACCAGAAUGUGGAAACAAUAAUGGCUCUGGAGGCGAGUCGUACAGCAGCGGAUCCGAACACUCUUCUUUUGCAGCACAUCCGAAACAGCAGCAGAGCAUCAACUACAGCUAUCAACAGCCACUGCAGCAAGAGCAGCAGCAGCAAAUGCAGCAACCGCAGAUGCAGAUGCAGCAAAUGAACUGCAACUACAACUACCAGCAAGAGCAGCUACAUCAGCAGCAGCAGCAGCAGCAGCAGCAACAGCAGCAGCAGGCUCAUAUCCCAGCACAAACAGCUUACAACACUAACAACAACAAUGUACCGAUGACACCCACCACAUCCGAGCAAUCACUGAUGAGCAACUCGUCCAUGAGCUCAAGUAAGAAGUCCAAUUACUGCUACGAAUGUGGCUCCAAGUUCAUAUUCGAGACCGCCAAGUUCUGCAUGGAUUGCGGCCUAAGGCGUGCUGAACUUUAGAUUAACCCCACGUAGCCAUUGUUUUCAAUAGCUGACUCACCACUCACAAAACACAAAGUCCUAAAAAACCGAAAAAUGAACACUGGACCGUAAUGAAGACGACCUCCUGGAUCGGUUUUGGGAUCUUAAAUAUACCAAAUGUAGUUGUUAAACGCAAGCAGUUUUGCGGAGAGCGCUAACACCGCUUAUAUACAAAUAAUACGAAUAAUAUAUAUUUUAAUACGAACCAAAUCA